AACCUAAACAAGUUGCUGCGGUGUUGUGCAAGCUCUGUAUAUAAGCGAACGAACAUUUUAGAUUUCUGGUCAUUUUAACGCCUCUUGGCGGACGCCAAGGUCCGAACAUACAUUCCGCAAGUACAACAGCUUGUCAAAGGUGCCGAACAUUUCAGUUUAAAAUGCUGUCAUUCGCGGAAGGCAGUGUAGAUUGGCCUAUAACUUCAAACGGGUUCGACAGAAAUGUGUUGUUCCGACAUUUUGGAAGAUCCAUGUCAAUGCCUUCGGAAAGUUCGUCUGAUCGAUCCGAGAAUUCUUCACCCGUUGAUGAAAUCAAGUUUGAGGACGUAUUUUGUCCACAGCCAGAAACUCCUGUCAGGAGACUGUCAAUCCAAGAGAAGAAAGCAAACAGAAGGCUUAGAGUAGAGGAAAAUCGCGAAAAAGUUAUGGAGUUGGAGAAAUGCGUUGUCGGUGAAAAUGAAAAUUCAAAGGACAAGAAAAAGGAAAAGAAGAAAAAGAAAUGGAGUAAAAUGGAAUUGUCUGACUUCGGAUUCAACAUGUCUCUUCUUCCCAGGCCAACAAAAACUUCCCAUAUCAAUGAUGAAGAAGUGCACAGACUGCUCGAAGAAAUUGAUCAAGAGUAUUUGACUAUGGAAGAGAAAAUCACGCCAUUUGAACAUUUGCAAAAGUAUGAAGGAAAGAAGUUAGAAAAUAAAUAUUUGCGUGAAGAUAGAGACAGAAAAAUAAGAAAAGCCCACAAACAGAUUAAGGACAAGCACUGUAAAAAUGUUUUAAAUAAUGAAGGAAGAAAGAAACUGUAUGUUCAUCACAGAGUGAUUAAAAGAAUGGAACUGGAUCCCUAUAGAGUACAGCUCCAUUACCCAAUGCCUCCAAGGAAGAGUCUGCGUGAUAAUCCUCAACAAUAUACCGAUACUAAUAAUGACAGGAGCAGACCUGCACCAGUGCAGAAUCUAAACCAUGCUUUGCAUAAUGGUGCUGUGCCUGAUGAUCUGCCAACAGACUUGAUAUCACUGCUCAUUUCUCUACAGCAUCGUGACCUGUCACCAGAAGAUUAUGAAACUCUUCUGCGAUUAGACGAGUCGGUGGCACCAAAGACUGUAGCAGAAGAUAUCCUUGGGUCUUUCAAAACUGACAUUGUUGAUGCGGAAAGUGCUGGUGAGAUGUGUGCUGUGUGUAUGGAUCCGUAUGAAGUGGGACAGACAAGGAAGUUUUUACCGUGUGAUCAUGUGUUUCAUGACAGUUGUAUAGACAUGUGGUUGAAGAACUCCUCCAUGAACUGCCCUCUGGAUGGUUUGUCUGUGAGCAGCUGAUGUCAUUUCGUUAUAUGUUGUUAAUCUCAUCACUCUCACACUUCCAUCAACUUGCUGAGUCAAAAAAGUUUGUUACUAUGUCAUGAAGUGGCAGUUCUUUUGACUGUCAUUUUGUUAUUAAAUCAUUUAUAUAUGUA